GGCGGUGAGUAUCACGUUCUUGCGAUCACCCGGCGAAGGUUGCAGCCAAUACUUAUGCGUCACCGGAUCAUGCGACCCUCAAACCCGGACGUGUCGUCACGAGAUGCGCUGGCGCUCUCCGAUUGUGCCCGGGCAGUACUUCCACUACAUUUGGUGUACUGUAUCUUUGCUGUAUCCUUGCCAUGCUUCGCGGAUCCUGGUAUCUCCUCUGACUGGCCCAAUCGCCAGCAGACGCACCGUCGGUGUUGGUGUGAGGGUUACAGUUCAUCGACGCCUUAUGACCAUCUACCAUAUGGUGUCCGGCAUACUUGAUGCUGGGGUCCUUUCGUCCCCACAGGAUCUCAAACUUCAGGUACCAGCACGUCAAGGAGUAUCGACGAACCAACAACGCGUCACAUCUUCCACACGGUCUUCAAGCAUCUUCGGUAGAUGCUGCAGGCAACUACUGGCUAUGUAGCAGUGGAGGAGAUGCUAGGCGAAGAGUACGCUGAUCUGCUAGCAACGAUAGCUACGGAUUGGGCCAAAUCAAGGCAAAUUCCGAAGAAGAGAUACAAGCUAGGCACGCAAGAAUAUGACAAGAGAGAGCAUGAAAGUAUUUGUAUUCGGUCAUGUGAGAACGGAUUGCGUUUACUUCAUACGAAGCAGACGCUCAUGUCGAUAUCUCGUGAAAAUGAACUUGGUUGGACCAUGCGACAUCAGACUCUGGUGUACCGAGACGAACGCUCAAGAUUAAAGAAAGAAGAUCAUCAUCCAUGACAUGAGAGGUCCUGCUUCUAGAUACAGGAUCAGUCGCUGUGAUCUCUGGGCGCAUUCAUUACCUUAACCACGAGCUGCUUGAUCUUCAUCUGAACCACCUUCCUGCAAGCAAGGUAGUUCCGCCCGUGUCUCAUCGUAUAGCUGGGCAAUGUAGUCUUUAUCUUCCCUCCAUGUCUUAGCA